UGGAGCGUGUGAACGGGACUUUUAUUUUGGAAGGGCUGUGUGACGUCAUAAGGCUGCGCUGCAUCCACGUGACACACUAUUGUAAAGAUGGCGUUUAUUAAAGAGGAGAGUGAAGACAUUAGGAUUGCAGAAGUAUUCAGCAUCAAACAUGAAGAGACUGAGGAACAAACAGAUAUGAUGGCACUGAAAGUGGAGAGUCAAGAACUAAAUGAAAUGGAAGAGAAAAAUCAGUAUGGAAAGCAUGAUUUCAAAAAUGGAGAAAAAUAUUUUAGUUGCUCACAGACUGAAAAGACUUCCUCACAAAACGUUGCUCAAAAGACUGGAACUAGAAGUUAUUUCACCUGCCAACAGUUUGGAAAAGGUUUCAACAGAAAAACAAAACUUACAAAGCACAUGAAAGCUCACACUGGAGAGAAGCCAUUCAGAUGUAAUCUGUGUUCAAAGAGCUUCAGAAAAAUGGACUACCUUAACAGGCACUUAAAAAUUCACUCUGGAAAGAAGCCUUUCACCUGCCAACAGUGUGGAAAGAGCUUCACUGAAAAAAGAAACCUAAAACUCCACAUGAGAGUUCACACUGGAGAGAAACCUUUCACUUGCCAACAGUGUGGAAAGAGUUUCACACAAAAACAACAUCUUAAAGUUCACAUGAGAAUUCAUACUGGAGAGAAGCCAUUCACAUGCAAACAGUGUGGAAAGAGCUUUGCUGAAAAUGGACACCUUAAAGUCCACAUGAGAACUCACACUGGAGAGAAGCCUUUUACCUGCGAAUUCUGUGGAAAGAGCUUUAUUGACAAAAGAAAUGUAAGAAUCCACAUGAGAAUUCACACUGGAGAGAAGCCUUUCAUUUGUCAACAGUGUGGGAAGAGUUUCACGCAAGCAGAACAUCUUAAAGGCCACAUGAGAAUUCAUACUGGAGAGAAGCCGUUCACCUGCAAACUGUGUGGAAAGAGCUUCACUGAAAAUGUACACCUUAAAGUCCACAUGAGAAGUCACACUGGAGAGAAGCCUUACACCUGCCAACAGUGUGGAAAGAGCUUCUCUCAAAGAUGUCAUCUUAAAUUCCACGUUAGAAGUCACACUGGAGAGAAGCCUUUCACCUGCCAACAGUGUGAAAGUAGCUUCACAACAAAAAUCAACCUCAGGUAUCACAUGAGAGUUCACACCGGAGAGAAGUCGUUCACUUGUGAUCAGUGUGGAAAGAGUUUCAAACAAAAAAAAUCCCUUAACUGUCACUUGAGUUCACCCAAGAAGUGUGGAAAAAGUGUCAGCCUAAACCUGGGGUCAGCAUCCUUUAUGUCAUGAAGUGCCAUUUUUAAGUUUACUAGUUAAUCCCUGUGACACAACCUGUGUCCCCCCCAUAUGUAUAAAUGCAUAAUUUCUUAAUAAUAAU